CAGCUACCGGAAACAGACAGGGAGGAAGAGGACGCAUAAGGAGGAAGAGGAGGAAAACAACACCGGAGGCGCGCACUGGCGGAGAGGAGCUGGUUGGAGACUGUAGAAGCGCCUGUGGCUCUGUGUCUGUGUGUGUGUGUGUGUGUGUGUGGAUCAGUCCAGAAACAUGUCACGACAGAUGGGAGACAGCCAUCGAAGGUUUCUGCAGACCAUGAUGGCAAAUGGCAUCGUUGAUGAACAAGGGGCAAAGUCACUGUACCAGUACUGUUGUGAAACCCACCACACACAGCACGCCCCUGACAAACUGGAUGAUUUCAUUGACACCAUCAACUCAAAGCUGCAGCCCAUGUUCAUGCAGAUAAGAAAAGGGAUGUCUGAAGACACUGGUCACCAGUACUAUGCCUUGGUAAACAUGGCUGAGACUGACGUCACCAGGAUGUCAUCAGAUUAUUCCGACAACGAGCUGGAGCUGUUCGUGAAAACAAUGGACCUGAUUGUGGGCUCUGAGAACGGUAAGGCCUCCUCCACUGACAUUCUGAACAGCGCCGACAGCCUGACCUCCAAAAAGUUGAAGAAAAGUGAGACGGAGCACCUCUUGAACAGACUAGUGCAUGACAAAUGGCUGAAUGAGAAACGGGGUGAAUACACUUUGUCCAUCAGAUGUAUCAUUGAGAUGGAGCCGUUCAUCCGCACAAUGUAUCAGGACCAGGUCAAAGUGUGCCACAUCUGUCACAACAUAGCGUUCCAGUGUCAAAUCUGCGAGAAUCCCACAUGUGGCAUAAAAAUACACAACCCAUGUGUGGCCAGGUACUUUAAAGGAAGAGCAGAGCCGCGGUGUCCAGCAUGUGAUGACUUUUGGCCACAUGAAAUCCCUGAAGUCAGACGACCCCACUCUCAGUCCAGAAGAUGAGGACUUCAGCAUCAGAUGUGUUUGUUUGUUUGAAUUGUUCAGUAUUUUUAACAUAGCUUUGUGUUAAUAUAAAUGUCUUUAUAGUUAUUUUUACAACAAUAAAUAUGAAUAAGUUUCUCUGAAA